AUCGGUGGCUUUCCUCCGCAGUGAUGUGAGGCAAACUGCCAAACCUGAGACACAGACCUGAUCUUACUGUUGGGUGAAGGAUCACCCGAGUCUCCUCUUUGCGCGCGGAGGUAAACCUGCUGACCUCACCGGGGUAGAUUUCACCUGCGUGCGUCUUGGCGCGGGGCAGAGCGCAGACUCCUCACGCCUGUAAAAACAGAGACACAGGGAGGAGCGCGCCUGGUCACUCUUACUCUGAGAGGAGCCGCUGGUUGGAUGUGCCAGAGCAGCGGGAAACGUCCACACCGCCUGUUUCGUCUUACCUUGACGAGCGCGAUCGUUCUGCGCUUCAGUUCGCGUCUGGACCGCCGAAGAGUUCAAACUGUGACCGCGACACAGCGACCUGAGCAAGUGAGCAGACCCCCGGUUUGGUGAGUGAAGAUGAUUCCUGUGCUGCUCUGUGUUUUGAUCUCACUGACUGUGGCAGACAACGACUUAGACACCCUCUACCCUGAGCUGGAGCACUCCAGGACCAUCUAUGUCACAGAAAACGGCCCUCGACUCUCGGUGGUGGCAGAACAAUCAAAGGUGCUGUCGAGGCGAGGAGGAAACGCUACUCUGCCAUGCAAGAUCCAAAGGGACCAAUCACUGGCACCCAAUCGUAAGAUGAGGAUCAAAUGGACCAAGCUGACCUCAGACUACCUGAAAGAGUUGGAUGUUUUUGUUGCCAUGGAUUAUCACAAAAGGAGUUAUGGCAGUUUCCAUGGACGUGUCCACCUACAAGGCUCCUCUCCCAUGGAUGCCUCUCUGGUCAUCACGGAGAUCACCCUGGAGGAUUAUGGGAGAUAUAAAUGUGAAGUUAUUGAUGGGCUGGAAGAUGGAACGGCGGUGGUGUCUCUCGACCUUGAAGGUGUUGUCUACCCGUACUUCCCCCGUUUGGGUCGCUACAACCUCAAUUUCUACGAUGCUGAGCGGGCAUGUCGUAGCCAGGAUGCUAUCGUGGCGUCCUUCGACCAGCUGUAUGAUGCGUGGCGAGGAGGGAUGGACUGGUGCAAUGCUGGCUGGCUAAAUGACGGCUCAGUGCAGUAUCCCAUCAUCACCCCCAGAGAACCCUGUGGGGGCAAAAACACAGUGCCGGGCGUUCGCAACUAUGGCCUGAGGGACAAGGACAAGAACCACUACGAUGUCUUCUGCUUCACCUCCCAUUACAAAGGUCGGUUCUACUACUUGAUCCACCCCUCUAAGCUGACCUAUGAUGAGGCAGUCAGGGCUUGCCAAAAAGACGGUGCCCAGAUCGCCAAGGUCGGCCAGAUGUAUGCUGCCUGGAAGCUGCUGGGCUACGACCGCUGUGACGCCGGCUGGCUGGCUGAUGGCAGUGUCCGUUAUCCCAUCUCCCGUCCCCGCCGACGUUGUAGUCCCACGGAAGCUGCUGUGAGGUUUGCCGGCUUCCCCGACAAAAAGCACAAGCUGUACGGAGUGUACUGCUUCAAAGGCCACAACUGAAACACAAACACACAUACAAACAACCUGCAAACACACACAUAGACACAUUAGCAUGCACACAAACUCACAUACACUAGUGAACCCACUAGUGGAGUGAAAAAGAGACAGAUUUUGGAGGUAUGAACAAACACAUUCAAACUGUGAUGCUUUACUUCAUGGAAACCUUAAGACAUUAUUGUCAGACAGAGUCAUGUUGUUGCUUUGUAAUCUGGGACCUGAUACUCUAGGAGGAAUAAUUUACACAUAUUUAAGGUUCAUAUUAUUUAAUCAAUGCCUUUGAGGGGGGCGGGUGGGUUGUUUUAGGGGCGGUGAGGGUUGGAGGAUAUCACAGCUACAGCCAUACUGUCAUUCAGGAAUGGACUAGUCAUGUCAUGUAACACGGAACGACGCGUCUGAACUGAGAACAGUUUAACAGCAAAUUGUCUCGUGGUUGGACAGAUACUUUGGGCACUUAUCUUGUUUUGUUCAAGACCACAGGAACAACUACAACGCCAUGAAACGCAGCUGAAAACAGACGAAAAGAAAUCUCGCUUAGAUCCUCUGAUACCUGUCAGAUAGGAAUGAAAGCCUAGCACAACCAAACUGAUGUGUCCAUUCUGAACAAGGUGCUACGACUGGUACUUUGUACUUCAUCAUAUCGUCCAGUGUUUUAGGUUUUUAUACAAAUGUGUUGGACCAAACAUCAGUCUCAUCACUAAAAUGAAAGGAACAUCCAACUGUUAGCAUUGUUUAUGUUUUCUAAAUAUGUAGAAUGUGAUUAUCUAGAAAUGUAUUUCUGUUAAUGACUAUUUUUUGAUAUACUGUAGAAAUAUUUACUUUAUUUUUUCUCUCUGGCCAAACUAUCCAAGUCUCUUUGGUUUACAUAAAACUUAAAACAACAGUGGUAAAAAUACAAAACUCCACAUACCUACAAGAUACAGAAAGACAUUAAUUUUGCACUGAACAUAUAGAAGAUGCCUAGAAAAGAAGACAAAGCAAACAAUAGUUCACCCUGUCCAGCAACAGAAAAUGCCUGGCGUUAGUUAAAAGAGACCUGCAUUGCAGAGUAUUGUUACUCUACAAGCUCAGUUUUACAGUGAAGUAGAUCUCUGUGGCUGUAUAUCUGUUUGGCUUCAACUUCAGAGCAUGACUUAGCUUCGACACGCACACAGCAAAGCAGCUCUCAGUGUACAUCUGCACACCAUCUAUCCAGCGCCUUGAUAAACUGCUAUUUUUGAUACAAAUACUGUAGUUUCUUAUAGUGAAUGAUCAGAGCCGAGGCUUGGCCCAUUUCUGACCUCACCCCUCCGAACAAAGCUCCACUAACCAGUCACAUAGUGCUGCCAUUGCAAACCUUAGAUGGGAAAUCAACAAUCGUUUUACUGGUUAUCCAGUGGUGGGUUGUGUCUUUAAAGGUAUUUUUUGUCUAUGGCUGUCUGAAUGAUAAAAUGUCCUAAACCAAGAUUUAAAUCUUGCCUUUCCUCCUCUCUUCCUCUUUGCUAGCGGUGCUACAGCAGGCUGCGAGAGCUAGCGCACUCUAGUUAGUGCAGUCUGCGGAAGGUUUGGAUUUAAACGUUGGUUUUGCUCAGGGUAAAGAUUUGAUCUCUGUUGAUUUCACCAACAAAAACCAUAACAAUUUUUUUCUUCCCGUCACAGGAAACAAGACAAGCUAAAUAAAAAAGUAAGCUUUGAAGCUAAAAACUGAAAGGUGACUAAAACUAAAUCAAAAUCAGAACUGCACAACAAAAUCAGGUGAUUCUGGUCAGACAGUAGACACUGUUGAUGACUGAACCCACUCCUGGACAACAGGUACAGAAUAACGUGUUGAGUUUUACGUAGCGAACAUUUUGUGACCGAAUCGCAGAGUAAUGUACGGACUGCUGAAGUCACCGAUGGGACUAAGCCAGGCCCUGAGUGAGCAUGGUUUUCCUGGCAGCGACUGGCUCCCUGAUUGCUAUCUCAGCUCUGCAAGACAGCUCUGAACUGGCCGACCUGACUCUGGGCUCACCGAUCAGACACAGCAGGCCUGCAGCCAACCUGCACCAGCCUGCUGAAUGAGACAGAAAUACAAUACAUUCAAAAUACCAAUAAUUCCUGCAUGGAGGCACUGAGGGCUUCUUCCAUGUAAGGGUAUCAGAGACUUAACAGUGGGCAUUGAUCAAGUAUAAGCUCACUGCACUCAGUCCCAGCUGGCCCAGGCCCUGGUUUCGGUCAUCCACUUGGGUCUGGUGUAGGGUUAGUUUUACUUGGCUCCACCAUUGACAAGCCACUGCACAAUCAGCGUCCUGCUGCAGUUAUCACUGAAGAACUGCUGGACAGACUCAUUAAAAUAACAAUUAGCCACAGACAACGUGGGAAAUGACACUGUGGUUGUACAGAACAACAAACACAGACCUGAAGAGUCCACUGCUGCAAACAGAAAAGAGCUGUUCCUUUUAACUUACAAUGUUAUGUGUCGGUUUGUUAAAGGGAUGUUUUGAGGGAGGGGUGCAGUGACUUACCCAGCUGAGUUACAACCCAUGAAACAAUAACUUGUUUUAACAUUUCAGUUUGCAUAUGGAUUAAAAAACAAGAUGUAACAGAUGUAAUAGAUGUAAAAUUUAAAGGCGCAGAUUGAUACCAAUCUCACAUUUGUCAAAUCUAAGGCUACGCUCUGCAGCUGGUUAGCUUAGCACAGCAUAAAGACAAGAAAGAGGGGGAAACAGCUCGAGUAGCUCUGUCAAACGGUAACAGAAUGAGCCUACCGCUGCCGCUAAAGCUUAACUAUUAACUGGAUUUUUGUUUGAGUAAAACAAGUGAGACAUAAGAUGUUAAUUAGUGAGAAUUACAGAUGCUGGUUGGUGUUUUUUUUUCCAGCUCUGCAUGUAGCCAGGUUUGCUGCCUCCCCAUGUUUUGAGAGUUUAUGCUAAGCUAAGCUUACCAUCUGCUGGCUUAAGCUUCACAUUGAGAGAACAGACAUGAGAGUUGUGUCAUAUAAUGCUCAGCAAAAAACAAAGAAAAUAAGCAGUUUCCCAAAAUGAAUGAAUAAUGAAUGAAUAAAGAAACACCAGAUCUGUUGCCUUUUAUUUUGUGUAUUGUCUAACUUUGCUCAUUAGGAGCCUUGUUAAUAAUAAGUAUGCAAGGAAACCUUAAAGACACAACGGCAAAAGGACAAUA